GAGGCAGGAAACGGGGCCAGCCAGGGGGACUGGAGAGCGGCUGCACUUUCCUGUCCCCCCGCCGAGGAGAGCGGAGGAGCAGUGGCCAGUCGCCUGGCGAGUUUCCCUGGAGAGGAGCCGGAUUCCGGUGCAGGGACGGAGCGAGGAGUCAGAGGAAGCUGCAACUUGCUCUGAUUUCUGCGCUCCUCAGGAAGCUGAACCUGCAAACCUAGCUGAGACUGAACCUGCAAACCUGGCCAGGAUGGAAGGAGAAAGAUGGACAGUUGACCUGGUCAGGCUGUCUCCUGCAUCCCUCCCCACAACCUCUGAGCAUUCCCUCCCAGGACCCUUGGAGAAAUCUGGAAGCUGCAACUUCUCUGAUUUCUGCGCUCCUCGCGAAGCUGAACCUGCAAACUUAGCUGAGACUGAACCUGCAAACCUGUCCAGGAUGGAAGGUGGAAGAUGGACGGUUGACCUGGUCAGGCUGUCUCCUGCAUCCCUCCCCACAACCUCUGAGCAUUCCCUCCCAGGACCCUCGGAGAAAUUUGACUCCCAAACAGGUGAGGAAGAUGACAAUCAGAAUUCUAUGGAGCCAUCUGUGAAUUCAUGGAUAAGAACAAAUAAACAGUUUAAAUGCAUGGAAUGUGGGAUGUGCUUUAAUCACAGUGGAAGACUGAGAAUACACCAAAAAACCCACACUGGGGAGAAACCAUUUAAUUGUAUGGAGUGUGGAAAGAGCUUCAGUAGAAGUGGAUCACUUAGAAUACAUCAACGAACCCACACAGGGCAGAAACCAUUUAAAUGUAUUGAAUGUGGAAAGAGCUUCAGUGUAAAUGGACACCUUAGAACACAUCAACGAACUCACACAGGGCAGAAACCAUUUAAAUGUAUUGAAUGUGGAAAGAGCUUCAGUCAAAAUGGAAACCUUAGAACACAUCAACGAAUUCACAUGGGGGAGAAACCAUUUAAAUGUAUGGAGUGUGGAAAGAGCUUCAGUGAAAAUGGAACACUUAGAAGACAUCAACGAACCCACACAGGGGAGAAACCAUUUAAAUGUAUUGAAUGUGGUAAGGACUUCAGUGAAAAUGGAACACUUAGAAGACAUCAACGAACCCACACAGGGGAGAAACCAUUUAAAUGUAUGGAGUGUGGAAAGAGCUUCAGUUUAAGUAAAGGACUUAGAAUACACCAACGAACCCACACAGGGGAGAAACCAUUUAAAUGCAUUGAAUGUGGAAAGAGCUUCAGUCAAUAUGGAUACCUUAAAACACAUCAACGAACUCACACAGGGGAGAAACCAUUUAAAUGCAUUGAAUGUGGAAAGAGCUUCAGUCGACAUGGAAACCUUAGAACACAUCAACAAAUUCACACGGGGGAGAAACCAUUUAAAUGUAUUGAAUGUGGAAAGAGCUUCAGUAGUAGUGGAUUACUUAGAAUACAUCAACGAACCCACACAGGGCAGAAACCAUUUAAAUGUAUUGAAUGUGGAAAGAGCUUCAGUGUAAAUGGACACCUUAGAAGACAUCAACGAAUUCACACUGGAGAGAAACCAUUUAAAUGUAUGGAGUGUGGAAAGAGCUUCAGUCUAAGUGAAGGACUUAGAAUACACCAACGAACACACACAGGGGAGAAACUAUUUGAAUGUAUUGAAUGUGGAAAGAGCUUCAGUCGAUAUGGACACCUUAGAACACAUCAACGAACUCACACAGGGCAGAAACCAUUUAAAUGUAUUGAAUGUGGAAAGAGCUUCAGUCAAAAUGGAAACCUUAGAAGACAUCAACGAAUUCACAUGGGGGAGAAACCAUUUAAAUGUAUGGAGUGUGGAAAGAGCUUCAGUGAAAAUGGAACACUUAGAAGACAUCAACGAACCCACACAGGGGAGAAACCAUUUAAAUGUAUUGAAUGUGGUAAGGACUUCAGUGAAAAUGGAACACUUAGAAGACAUCAACGAACCCACACAGGGGAGAAACCAUUUAAAUGUAUGGAGUGUGGAAAGAGCUUCAGUUUAAGUAAAGGACUUAGAAUACACCAACGAACCCACACAGGGGAGAAACCAUUUAAAUGCAUUGAAUGUGGAAAGAGCUUCAGUCGAUAUGGAUACCUUAAAACACAUCAACGAACUCACACAGGGGAGAAACCAUUUAAAUGCAUUGAAUGUGGAAAGAGCUUCAGUCGACAUGGAAACCUUACAACACAUCAACAAAUUCACACGGGGGAGAAACCAUUUAAAUGUAUUGAAUGUGGAAAGAGCUUCAGUAGUAGUGGAUUACUUAGAAUACAUCAACGAACCCACACAGGGGAGAAACCAUUUGAAUGUAUUGAAUGUGGAAAGAGCUUCAGUCAAAGUGGAUCACUUAGAAUACAUCAACGAACCCACACAGGGGAGACACCAUUUAAAUGUAUGGAAUGUGGAAAGAGCUUCAGUGGAAGUGGAGACCUUAGAAGACAUCAACGAACUCACACAGGGAAGAAACCAUUUAAAUGUAUUGAAUGUGGAAAGAGCUUCAGUGAAAGUGGAAAACUUAGAAAACAUCAGCUAAUUCACAUGGGAAAACCAUAGAUGUAUGAUAUUUGGAAAGAGGUUCAGAGGUAGUGAAGACCUUAAUAUUCAUAAGAAUAUUCACACGGGGAAAACCAUAUAAAUGUAUGUAGUUUUCCACUCAGGUUUCCCACAGUUCCUGGGAAGUGACGAUGACUGUCAUGUCUCUGGAUGUCCAAAAAAGAAUUUGGCAGUGUUUGUUUUCAUUCUUGGGGGGUCAUGCUAUUUGGCGAUCCUCUCUUUUUCAAGAGGUAUCUGAAGACUGUUGAUCUGCAUAGAUUGGAAUCUGGCAUUCUGGACUUUCUCCCCGCAGUUCUGCAUAUUGCUCAGAACAGAGAGCUGGAUCUGGAUUUCCUGUGUCAGUGCAUCAUUCCCACCUACACUUCCUCAGUUGGUGAAUAUGGCUAAUUUGGGUUCCUUUCGACCAGUUGCUAAUAAUCUACUUUUGUUGUUGUUCAAAAUGGGUUUUUGCUGGUAAUGGGUUCAUAAAACUUUAAUAAAGCACAGAUCCCUUU